AUGGCGGCCGCUGCCCGCGACCCCCUCUCCGCCGCCGGCCUCGACGAGGCGGACGAGGCGGUCCGGGGCACGUGCGAGGACGCGUCCGUCUGCAAACGGUUUGCUGUAAGUGUUGGCUACUGGAAGGACCCUUACAUCCAGUAUUUUGUGAGACAAGCCAAAGAAAGAAAAGCACCUGAAAUCAAUAGAGGCUAUUAUGCUCGUGUUCAUGGAGUCAGUUAUCUGAUUAAAGCUUUUCUAAAGAAGACAGAAUGCAACUGUCAAAUCGUUAAUCUUGGUGCUGGCAUGGAUACCCUGUUCUGGAGAUUAAAGGAUGAAAAUCUUCUCCCUAGAAAAUAUUUUGAAGUGGAUUUUCCAAUGAUAGUUGCAAGAAAAAUACAUAAUAUCAAAUCAAAACCUCCCCUGUCAAAACCAAUUAUGGAAUCCCAUUCAGGGGACUCUCUUCUAAUAGAUUCUCACAGCCUAGACUCCAGUCGAUAUUCCAUAGUAGGAGCAGAUCUCCGUUUCUCAUCAGAUCUGGAGGAAAAGCUAAAGAAACAUAACCUGGAUAUACAUUUGCCAACGCUUCUGGUAGCGGAGUGUGUGCUGGUUUACAUGACACCACAGCAAUCUGCAAAUCUUUUAAAGUGGGCAGCAAGCACUUUUCCAGUGGCGAUGUUUAUAAAUUAUGAGCAGGUGAAUAUGACGGACCGGUUUGGACAGAUCAUGAUUGAGAACUUGCAGAGACGACAGUGUAACCUGGCUGGAGUGGAAGUUUGCAGAUCCUUAGACUCUCAGAGGGAACGAUUGCUGUUAAAUGGCUGGGAAACUGCACGUGCCAUUGAUAUGAUGAAAGUGUACAGCUUUUUGCCACAGGCUGACGUCAAAAGAAUAGAAGCACUUGAAUUCCUAGAUGAAAAGGAACUGUUUGAACAACUAAUGCAGCACUACUGCAUCUGCUGGGCUUCAAAGGACAGCAGUAAUCUGGGUCUUGCAAACAUCACAUUCUAAGGUAUUUGCUGGAGGGAAGCCGUGGGCCCAGAAGCCACAGCGACUGCCUUCUGCUUGAGACAAGAUCACAGAAAUGAUGGGACUUUGCAUGUGCCAACUUCAGUCUGCGCAUCUGUGUAAGCAGCGCCGGUACAGAAGGCGAUGGGUGCUGCUGAUGACGACUGUCCUGUUGGCUUUUGGUAGUUUUAAUGAAUCUUUUUUGCCCAUUGUGAGCAAUUGUUGUGAGGCAAGACUUGCCUCCCAUUCCCAGAUAUAUAAUGACGGACUUUCAUAAGAUGUCAGUAAUUCCUGUUUAAAAGCUUGCCUUCCUUAGUUUAAAACUGAAAGUAAAGUGUUCUUGGAUUAUA